GAAAAUGCUAACAACAACAGGCAGAGUUAGCUGUUAGCUGCGACUGAAAAGUGGAUUUUUGUAGUUUUUAUAAAGUACUGAAAUGUUUUUAACAGCUUGCGAGUGAAGCAGCUCUUGCAGCAGCUUCACACUCGGCAGGUUCACUGAAGACGAGGUCGACCUGUCAGCAUGCAGUCGGAGCUGCUGAUUGGAUGGCAGCAGGAGAAAGCGGAGUUUCAGCAGGAGGUGUGUCGUCUGCAGGAGGAGCUGGCCACGAGCCGAGCAGAGAGGGAGGAGCUGGAGUCGAGGAGCAGAGCUCUGAGUGACAGGCUGGCCCAGUCGGUGUCUCCCUCGCUCGCCCUCUCUGUGCAGGUGGAGGUGGAGCAGAGGGAGUUGAAGAAGAGGGUGAGGGAGGGGAGAGAGAGGGAGGCCCGCCAGGCUCUGCUCCUCCACCGACUGCAGAACAAGGUGAUGGAGUACAGAGAGCGAUGUCAGCGUUUGGAGCUCCAGCUGCAGGACGGACACACACAGCUGCUCAACACUGAGCGGAGAAUCAGAGACAAACACAGCGACUCUCUGGAGAGCGCCCUCAUCAGGCUGGAGGAGGAACAGCAGAGGUCGGUCGGCCUGGCUGACACCAAUGCUCUCCUCCAGGAGCAGCUCAGCCAAUCAGAGCAGGCCAACCAGGCCCUGAGUGAGGACCUCCAGAAAGUGACGUCUGAUUGGACCAGAGCCUUGGAGGAGGCGGGGCAAAGAGAGGAUGACUGGCGGAGGGAGAAGGAGUGUCUGUCAGGUCAUGUGGGUCAGCAGCAGGCUCGUCUGUUGUCAGUCUGGAGGUCUGUGGUUGCUCUGAGGCGCCACUGUCACACCGUCAAGACCGCCGCCGACAGAGAUCUGUGGCAGUUGCGGGCGGAGUUUUCUCGUCUCUCCUCGUCGCUCCUCUCCAGCUGUGACUCCGUCUCCUCCUCCCUGAGGCUCAGCGCUCCUCCUUUCUCCUCUCUGCCUCCCCCUCCUCUCCUCCCCUCUGACCUCCCUGCUCCUUCCUCCUCUCCUCCCCUCUCCUCCACCCUGCUCCUCCCUCCCCCUGACUCCUCACCACCUGCUCCACCUCUCAUCUCCUCCUCCACGUUGGGAACCUUCUGCUUAGGAGAGCUGGAGCACAAAGAGGAGGAGGAGGAGGAGGAGGAGGAGGAGGAGGAGGAGGAGGAGGAGGAGGAGGAGGAGGCAGAGGAGGAAGAGGAGGAGCAGGACAAUGUGAGGUGGGAGGAGAAGGAGCGAGAGAUUUCAGAGUUGAAGCUUCUUCAUGAGACGACAGUUUCUCAGCUGACAGAACGGAUAGCGGAGCUGUCUGUCUCUCUGCAGGCUGAGGACACUGAGAGAGAGGAGAGACACAGAGAGACAGAGAGGAGUCUCCAGUCCGUCAGUCAGGCCGUCCUCAAACUGUCCAGAGUCCUGAGCAGCAGCAGCAGCAGCAGGUCUGUGUGUGUGUCCCCGGACAGCGUCCUCAGUCUGGACCUGUCCUCGCUGCUGUCUGUCCUGUCUCACACUGAGAGCGCCCUGCAGUGGAGACACGAGGAACUGCAGGGGGCGGAGCUCUCUCUGCGGCGGCUCGGCGAGGAGAAAACGGCGCUGCAGCUCCGACUGAAACAGCUGGAGGACGACAAGCAGCAGCUGCACACAGACACACAACACACACAGCUGGAGCUCACACACACUCUGGACCUACUGAGCAGGGAGCGUGAGGCGGCGUCCUCCAUGCGUCUGCAGCUGGAGGAGGUGCAGAGGAGGGAGGAGGAGGUGCAGAGAGAGCUGGAGCGUCUGAGGAGAGACAGAGACCGACAGGAGGAGAGAAACAGACAGCUGGAGGCACAAACACUCAGACGAGUGGAGACUGAACUGCUGGAGAACGUCCAGCUGACCGAGAGAGAAACUCUGCACCAGAUGCAGAUUCACACUCUGAAGGGGGCGCUGGAGAGGCAGCAGCUGGACAGACAGAGAGCAGAAGAAGAGGCUGCAGACAGCAGAGACGCCCUGCAGAAGUGCAGGGAGAGUGUGUUGUCCCUCUCCUCCUCUGAGUGUGUGUUGAAGCGAGAGGUGGAGGACAAAUGUGACGCUCUGAGCAAGAUGGCCGCUCUGAACUCGUCUAUAGCGUCAGACAAGAGAGAGCUGAACAAACAGCUGCUGCAGCUGGAGUGUGAGCUGUCUGACAGCCAAUCACAGCUGCAGGCUGCGAGGUCAGAGGUCAACUCUCUGCAGAGGGACGUCAAGACCCUGAACCUGGACCACAGCCAGCUCAGAGUGCAGAGAGACGAGGACACCGACCUCAUCCGUCAGCUGAGAGAAAGAGAGCGAGAGAUGGAGAGAAUAGUGGAGGAGAAGGAGAGGCAGCUGCUCUCCCUGACAGAGGAGAGAAGGAGGGAUGGUGGCCAGCUGGAGGAGCUGUCCUCCCAGCACGCCUCUGUGUGCACAGAGCUGAAGGAGGCGCAGGAGCAGCUGCGGCGGGCAGCGGAGGAGGCGAGGAGGAGAGAUCGGCAGCAGGAGGAGCAGCAGAGGGAGAGCAGGAGGCUGCAGGAGGAGCAGGAGAGUCUGCAGAGACUCAGGGAGCAGCUGGAGGAGGAGCUGCAGGAGCUCAGGAGUCUGUCGGUGUCUCUCCACCAGCAGCUCAGUCAGCAGCAGCAGCAGCUCUCCCAGGCCGAGGUGGAGCGAUGUCAGCUGCACACACACAUCCACACGCUGCAGCAGGCCAAAGACACUCUGCAGGGGGAGAUCGAGUGUCUGAGAGCAGAGCUGGAGACAACGACAACCGGGAGAGAAGAGGAGAAGGAGAGGAGAGAGAGGAGCGAGGAGCAGAGGGAGGCGCUGAGGGAGGAGACGGAGAGGCUGACGGAGGAGGUGGGGGAGCUGAAGAAAAGGAGGAGAGAAGAAGAAGAGGAGGAGAAGGAGGCCUGGCAUAGAGAGAGAGAGGCUCUGAGCGAGGAGCUGGGCACGAGGGACGGAGAGGUGGAGGCGCUGAGGAGGCGCAUAGACGGACUGAGGGAGGAGGAGGGCGAGAGACAGAGGGAGGUGGAGACCCUGAGGAAGGAGGUCAGCCACGUGAUGGAGAGAAUACUGCAGGCGGAGGGAGAGAAGGAGAGACUGGAGGAGGAGGCGAAGAGGACGGAGGUCAGGUGGAGAGAGGAGGAGGUCAGGAGGGAGGAGGAGACUGUGGCGCUCUGCGACAGGAUGGAGAGAUUAGAAGGAGAGAAGGAGGAGAGGGAGGAGGAGAUGGAGAGGUGGAGAAGGAGGGUGGAGGAGGUGGAGGAGGAGAUGGAGAGACUGAGAAGAGAAACCUCUAAACUAGAGGAGGAGAAGAGAGAAAAGGAGAGACUCAGAGAUGAAGAGGAGGAGAAGAGGAGCAGGAGAAGGGAGGAGGAGGUGGAGCGAUUGAGGAGUGAAGCGGAGGGAGCAAAAGAGGAGGUGGAGAGGCUGAGGGAGAACGUGGGGGAGGUGGAGCUGCUGAGGGUGAGGCUGAACGUGGCCAAGGAGGAGUGUGAGGAGAUGAAGGAGGAGGUGCAGCGGAGGGAGCGCAGCCUGGAGCGACAGAUGAGCGCCGUGAGGGAGCGGGAGGAGGAGGUGGAGGAGCUGAAGGAGCGGCUGAGGCAGGUGGAGGAGCAGCAGGAGGAGGGAGAGAGGGAGCAACAGGAGGUGAACAACAAACUGAAGCAGAAGGAGGCAAGGGAGGAGCAGCUGGAGGUGCUGCUGAAGGAGACAAGAGCGCUCCUGGAGAGAGAGAGGAGGGAGGGAGGAGAAAAAGACAUCAGGGCCUCCUCCCAGGCCAGGGAGCUGCAGGAGGCCCGGGCCAAGAGCGAGGGAGCGAGGAGGAGCGCCAGAGAGGGGGAGGAGGCCCUCGACAGGCUGGAGAAGGAGGUGAAGGAGCUGAAGGAGAAAGCUGAGAGGAGCACCAGGGAGGUGGUAAAGCUUAACCGUAACCUGAAGGAGCGAGAGGAGGAGGCGCAGCACCUUACAGCCACGCUGGAGGAGAGAGAGGAGCGGGAGGAGGAGGACAGGAGAGAGCGGGAGGUGCUGAGGAGAACUGAGGUGGACAGGAGGAGAUGGCUGGACAACAAGCUGAAGGAGGUGGAGGAGGAGAAGAGGAGGCUGGAGGAGAAAGUGAAGGGGGUGGAGGAGGAGCUGGAGGAGGAGAGCGAGGCACUGAGGAGAGCCAAGGAGGAGAAGAGGAGGCAGGAGGACAGAUGCGAGGAGAUGGAGAAGGAGAUGAAGGAGCAAAGAGAGGAGCUGAGGAUAAUAGAGGAGAUAAAGAGGAGGCUGGAAAACAAACUGAAGGAGGCGGAGGAGUGGAGGAGGGAAGAGGAGGAGGUGCUGAGAAGGGUGAGGGAGGAGAAGAGGAGGCUGGAAUAUGAACUGAGGGAGGCGAAAGAGGAGCGAGGGAGACUGGUGGGGGCCGAGAGGGAUCAGCACCUCCUGCAGGAGGAUAGAGUGAGAGAGCUGGAGGAGGAGAAGGCCGGGCUGUCUGUGGAACUGAGUAGGAGGGAGAGGGAGGUGACGGCUCUCAGAGAGGAGGUGCAGAGGGAGAGCGACAAGGCACAGGAGGAGCUGAGGAGGAGGAGAGAGGAGGUGUCUGUACUGAGAGAGGAGGCAGUAAGAGAAGAAAGGGAGAAAGAGGAGUUACAGGAGAAGCUGAGGAGGGCUGAGAACGAGGUGGCAGCUCUCAGAGAGGAGGUGAGGAGAACCAAAAGUGAGCUGACAGACAUUACAGAGGAGGUGCAGAAGGAGAAGGAGCAGAUACAAGUGAUGUUACUUAAGACAGAGAAGGAGGUGACGACUCUCAGAGAGGAGGUGCAGGAGGUGCAAAAGGAGAGGGAGCAGCUAAAACAGACGUUACAGAGCACAGAGAAUGAGGUGCAGAGGAGGGGGGAGGAGCUGAGGAGGGCUGAGAAGGAGGUGGCAGCUCUCAAAGAUGAGGUGAAAAGGGAACAAAAGAAGGAGGAGGCGACUCAUGACCAGAUGGUAGCCCUCAAGGAGGAGGUGCGGAGAAGGGGGGAGAAGGCCCAGGAGGAGUGGAGGGAGAGGGAGGAGGUACAGGAGGAGCUGAGGAGGACCAAGAGCGAGGGGGAGGUGUCUUCACUUAGAGAGGGGGUGCAAAAGGUACAAAGGGAGAAGAAGGAGGCACAGGAGGAGCUGAUGAAGAGGAGAGAAGACGUCACAGAUCUCAGGGAGGAGGUGCAGAAGGAACAAAGGAGAAGGGAGGAGUCGCACAAGGAGCUGAGGAAGACCAAGAACGAGCUGACGGUCAUCACAGAGGAGGUGCAGAAGGAGCAGAAGGAGAAAGAGCAGUUACAAGAGAUGCUAAAGAAAACAGAGAAGGAGGUGACAACUCUCAGAGAGGAGGUGCUGCAGGAGCAAAGGAAGAGGAUGGAGGUACAAGAGGAGCUGAGGAGAACCAAAAAUAAGCUGACAGACAUUACAGAGGAGGCGCAGAAAGAGAAGGAGCAGAUACGAGAGACGUUACUGAAGACAGAGAAGGAGGUGACAGUUCUCAGAGAGGAGCUGAAGGAGGAGCAGAAGGAGGAGGAGCAGGUACGAGAAAAGUUACUGAAGACAGAGAAGGAGGUGCAAAAGGAGAAGGAGCAGCUAAAACAGGCAUUACAGAGCAGAGAGGAGGCGACAGCUCUCAGAAAGGAGGAGCAGAUGGAGAAGGAGCAGGUACAGGAGAAGCUACUGAAGAAGGAGAAGAAGCUGAAAGCUCUCAGUGAGGAGGUGCAGAAGGAGCAAAAGGAGAAGGAGCAGCUAAAACAGACGUUACUGAGCAAAGAGAAGGAGGUUACGGCUCUGAGAGAGGAGGUGCAGGAGGAGCAGAAGGAGAAGGAGCAGGUACAGGAGAAGCUACUGAAGAUGGAGAGGAAGCUGAAAUCUCAAAGAGAGGAGGUGCAGAAGGAGCAGGCAAAAGAGACACAAACAGAGAAGAAGAUGACAGCUCUCAGUGAGGAGGUGCAGAAGGAGAAGGAGCAGCUUAAACAGAUGUUACAGAGCACAGAAAAGGAGGUGACAGUUCUCAGAGAGGAGGUGCAGAAGGCACAAGAGGAGAAGGAGCAGCUAAAACAGGCAUUACUGAGCACAGAGAAGAUGCUGAAAGCUCUCAGAGAGGAGGUGCAGGAGGAGCAGAGGAGGAGAGAGGAGGCGCAGAAGGAGCUGAGAGGAGUGCAGCAGAGCAUGGAGGUCAACCUGAGCUCCCUGCAGACUCAGGUGUCUGAUGUGAGGAGGAGCAGGGAGCGAGCGAGGGAGGAGGUGAAGCAGAAGGAUGAGGAGAAGCAGCAGAUGGAGGAGGCUCUUAAGGAGGCGCAGCAGGAGGCGAGCAGGCUGAAGCUCCUCCUGCAGGAGAGCCGGGGAGAGGAGCAGCGUCUGAGGAGCACCCUGAAGGAGGAGGAGGAGGAGGAGGAGAGCCUGCAGAGCGUCAGGGAGGAGGUGGAGGGAGGAGAUGUGGAGGAGCUGAGAGCCAGAGCCAAGGCCCUGGAGAGGAGGAGGAGGGAGCUGAUGGAGGAGCUGCAGGAGGCUCGACGGGCGAAGGAUGAGGCCGAGGAGCAGAGGAGGGAGGCCGAGGAGAGGUGGAGUAGCAGAGUGAAGGAGGUGGAGGAGGAGCAGGGGGUGAAGCUGAAAGCUCUGUCGACAGAAGUCCAGACGCUGAGGGAGAGAGAGGAGGAGGUGGAGGAGAAGUGGAGGUCCAGGGUGGAGGAGGCGAGGAGGGAGGCACAGGAGAGCCGGUCCGAAAGGGAGGAGACGGACGGACAGAGGAGGAAAGAGACAGGAGGAGCAGGAGGAGCAGGAGCAGAGGAGGAGCAGGAGGAGAAGCAGAUCUCCUCCAUGCUGCAGGAGAAAGAGGAGAUGAGGAGGCUGCUGAGGCAGAGAGAAGCUGAGCUGUAUGCUCUGACUCAGAGGACUGAUGAGCUGGAGAAGGACAGAGAGCGCGUCCGCUCAGCGCUGGAGAGGACGGAGGCGGCGAUGAUCGGAUACAGGGAGCGAGCUCAUCAACAGGAGGGGGUGGGGCUUAGCCACGACCAGGGCGUGGUGGACAGGCUGGUGGUCCUCCAGCGUCUGGUGGCUGAACUGGAGCUGGAACAGAAACACCUGAAGAAGAAAAAUUCUCACCUGGAAAACCAGAAAGAAAAACUGAAGACGGACAGAAACACACUGAGAGACACACUGAGACAGGUGGAGGAGGAGCGUUCCAGGUUCAGACAGCAGCUGACAGACAGCGGCAGGUCUCAGUCUGUAGACACCACAGAAGAAGAGCACCUGCGGGGCAGAGUGAGGGAGCUGGAGGACCAGGUGAGUCAGCUGCGCCUCUCAUUGGCUGAGGAGCAGCAGCAGAGGGCGGAGUUUAUCCAGCAGUCGUCCAGGAACAGCCAAUGGCUGCUCUCGCUCAGACACGACCUCACCGACUCGCUGGCCGCCGUCACACGGCGCCCGGUCCCGUCCGUCUUGCAGGCUGAGACACAGCGAUUGGACCGCAGCCUCAGGGAGGAGGAGCUUAGGUUGUCCCUCAGCCAAUCAUAACGCCCGGAUUAUGAACUCACUUUACUGAAGCUUUAAAGGACAAAAAACAGCUGAUCCAUUUAUUGAUCAGGUGUGUUUUAUCUUGACUAUUUCUCCAGUUUUCUUUCAUCUGCAGCAACAUCAAGACUUUUAAACUUUUUAAACUUAAAGUUAUUCAUCAGUUUACAAUAAAACCGGAAGAUGAAUCAGUUACAAUAAAUAGCUCCUGCUGUUACAGUUAUUGAUCAGUUAUUAAUGUUUACUGACUUAUUUAUUGUUUUUAUUGUAUUUAUGUUCUGUUUUUGUAUAAAGUUCAAUAAAAACCA